AUAUUGUAGUAUUCCCUCUGUAUGCAAGAAGCGUCACAGGAAGUUAUUAAAACGCUUUAAAGAUAUUAAAUGGGAAUGGGAGCAGCAAUUUUCCCAUUUUAUGUUUUAGGUUGGCGAAGUCAUGUCAUUUAAAUGGGGGUUCUCCCUAGUAUCUGUGUUUUGUUUUCUAAAGGUGACGAAUGCCAUGAACGCAAGUCACACAUCACAAAGUCAAGAUACUGCCCUACAUUGUAGCACAUAUGGACAAGUCAACUAUCGAACAUUUGAUGGAAAAAUAUUCGAUUUCGAUGGCAAGUGUUCGUAUAACCUUGUGUCUGGUAAAGAAGGGGGAAGCCAUAUAUUUCAGAUUUAUGUCAAGAAUGAACAACGAUGUGUAAAUGGCACCUGCAGACGAGGGAUUGUAAUUUAUUUAGGACACUCUAAGCAGAAGAUAAGUUUGGACACAAAUGCUAAUGGGACAGUUUCUGUAACAACUGACACUCACAGUUUAGAUUUGCCUUCCACAGCUUACUCUCAUGGAAUAGAAGACAUUGCUGGUAAUGUAAUUGUUAAAGGACCUUACUUUGCAUUGGUAUGGGACACCAAAGAAAAUAUAAAUGUGGAGAUUGAUCCGGAAUGGAAAAAUAAGACCGUAGGUUUAUGUGGGAAUUCCAAUGGUAACAAAACAGAUGAGUUUACCAAUGAAUAUGGAACACUGCCUUCAGCACAAGCAUUUGGAAACAGUAUGGCUGGAGUUGGUUGUGGAAAGACAACAACCAGCAGAUGCAAUCUUUCUCCAGCAGACAAAGCGAUAUGCAACUCUACAUCAGAGAUAGGGCUUAACUGCUCUAAGAAAUUUGAUGCUGCCUUAUACAAAGAACAAUGUUUGAACACUCUUUGCAAAUACUUAACACCUAUGGACGGUUUUUGCAACAUUGCAGAAGCUUUACUAAGGGAAUGUGGUGCAAUAAACAACACUGUUUUCUCUGAGAAAUGCCCUAGAAAUUGUUCUGCCAAUAAAGUGUUUAGUACGUGUACAAGUGCUUGCCCCGCUACUUGUGCAACUACAGAGCAGCUUUGUCCAUACACGGGCUGUAUAUCUGGCUGUCAAUGUCCUGAUGAUAAAGUGUUACACAAUGGUUUAUGUAUCAAUAGACAAACAUGCCCUUGUAGUUAUCAAGGGAAAUAUUAUCCAUCAGGUCACAGCAUUAAACAAGACUGUAAUAACUGCACUUGCAAUGGUGGUAAAUGGACCUGCACAAGCAAACAAUGCAAUGCUGUAUGUAAGGUUCUGGGUGACAGAUACUACACUACGUUUGACAAACUAGAUUACAAAGUAAAAGCUGUAUGUGCUGUAACAUUACUAACUAUCAGUCCUCCCAGCAACCAAACAGACGAUCCUUUUACGAUCAAGUCUGAACUGGUAGACACUGGUUCACAUAGAAACUAUGGCAGGAAAAUCGUUAUUCAUUACAAAGGGGUCACAUUGACUCUGGGUACCAAUUCUCAAGUCUAUUUAGGAUCUAAUCAAAUAGCACUGCCUUUUUCUUCAAGUGGAAUUUUAGUGAAAAAAGUAUCAUCACAAAUGAUAAAGGUUCAACUUGACAAUGGCGUAAUGCUUCUACGGGAUUCUAUUAAGCGUGUGUAUAUCUACGUAAUACCUAGUUUGAAGUUUAAAACCAAAGGAAUGUGCGGAACGUAUAACAACAAUCAGAAAGAUGAUUUUGUUACUUAUGAGGGAGAUAUUGAAUCAAACCCUGUCAGUUUUGCUUCUAAGUGGAAAGUCUCCAAAUCAUGCACAGAGCACCCACAAGUAAUUGACCCGUGUAGCAACCAAGACAUGUUGUCUAUUGCUCAGUUAGCGUGCAAGUUUCUAAAACAAUCUCCAUUCACAGAUUGUCAUACAAAAGUAGACUUCGUGCCAUACUACAAACACUGUAUGUAUGAUAUGUGUGCAACUGGUAGUAAUGCAUCUGUAUGUGUAAUGGUAGAGGAUUAUGUGAAAGCAUGCGCUGAACAAGGAGUUUAUAUCAACUGGGUUAAGAAAGGGCAUGCCUGUGAUCCGCAAUGCAGUAGCACUAUGCAGUACAAGACAUGUACGUCUGCAUGUUCUGGUUCUUGUUAUACUGAAACAUCCACAGAUUUGUGCGAAAAUGUCUGUGUACAAGGCUGUGGAUGCCCUGAAGGUCUUCUCCUCAACAAUGACAUGGCAACAUGUGUAUAUCCAUCUGAAUGCAAGUGCAUACAUAGGGGUGAACUAAUUCUACCUGGUAAAGUUGUUACUAGUGGUUGCCAAACAUGUACCUGUAUGAACGGUAUUAUGAACUGCACAGUAUCUAAGAACUGUCCUACAAAUGGACCGUGUUACAUCAAUGAACAUUUACCUGCUGACUACACACAAGUGUGUGAGAAGACAUGUGACAUGUAUGAGAAUAACCAGUGUAGCACCUUAACAGAUGCAUAUGGAUGUGUAUGUAAUAAUAAUACGUAUCGGUUUGCCAAAAGUUGUGUAACAGCCGAUAAAUGUCCGUGCCAUCACGGUGGAAGAGCUUUUAAGCCAAGUACAACGCUUAAUAUGGGAUCUAAGACUUGCACCUGUAGCAACAGACAGUGGCAUUGUGUGGCAAACGCACCAAUUGGGGAAUGUACUGUGUUUGGAGCUCCUCACUAUAUAACAUUCGAUGGUAAAGUGUAUAACUUUCAGGGUGAUUGUUCAUAUGUGCUGGUAAAAUCUGCUUCAAACAGCCCACAUGACUUUAAAGUUAUUGUGGCCAAUAGUAAAUGUGAUAAAGGUGGUGAAGGGUGCAAUAAAACAAUCAGUUUAAUAGCUCCAGGUUCUUCUGGAUCUUUGAGGAAGGUGAUUUUGUCUCGAAGGACAACAAUACCUGAUCUUAUUAAGAAUCACGGGAACGACUCAAACUUCCUCUACUGGAAAGCAGGAGAAUGGAUUUUCUUGAGACAUCCUACUUCGGGAGUUGAGAUAAAAUGGGAUCAAGUUUUAAGGAUUUCUGUAGCUGUGGAUCCAUCCAAUAGAGGAAAGGUUGAAGGCUUAUGUGGAAAUUACAAUGGUGAUGCAUCCGAUGACUUCGUUAAGAACACCGGAGGCCCAGUGGAGACAUUAGCUACUGAGUUUGCACACAACUGGCAGUAUUCACCGUGUACAAAACCACAACCAGUACCAGACGCAUGCAAUGAAAACCCUGAUCGUGAGAUGUGGUCUAUGAGAACUUGUGAAGCGAUAAAGUCUUCUUUAUUUUCAGCAUGCCAUGCACUCAUUGAACCUCAGACUUGGUAUGAAAAAUGUGUUUUUGAUGGCUGUAGCUGCAGUGGAGGUGGUGAUUGUAUUUGUGUGUGUGCUGUCAUUGCCACUUAUGCGCAUGAAUGCGCAAAAGUGAACGCACCGAUAAAGUGGAGGUCUAAUGCCCUUUGCCCAAUACAGUGUGGUGACUGUCCAAUGAAAUACGAAUCAUGUGGAACCUCAUGCCCACGUACGUGUCGAAACAAUUACAAUUAUGAUAUCAUACAAAGAAAUUGUUCAUCAAUCUGUGUGGAAGGGUGUAGUUGUCCACCAAACUUGGUGAUGGAUUAUUCUGAAACCACUUGUGUUGCUGUAGAAGAAUGUGGAGUCAUGCCAGCAACACCAAAAACAACAAUAACAGUUCCACAAAUAACAACAACACCACAAAACCUAACAACAAAAACACAACACCCAACAACAGCUUCACAAAUACCAACAACAGCUCCACAAAUACCAACAACAGCACAGCACUUAACAACAAAAACACAACACCCAACAACAGCUUCCGAAAUGCCAACAACAGCUCCACAAAUACCAACAACAGCACAGCACUUACCAACAAAAACACAACACAUAACAACAGCUUCACAAUUACCAACAACAGCACAACACUUAACAACAAAAACACAACACAUAACAACAGCUCCACAAUACUAACAACAGCUCCACAAAUACUAACAACAGCUCCACAAAUACCUACAACAG